CAAAGAAGCUCAAGUUUGUAUUGUUAAUUUUUGGAAGAACAACUAUUAUGGCGUUGAAGAACAAAAAAGAUAUUUUGCUGCUGGUGGAAGUCAAGGAGCAUUAGAUGAUAUUAAAAAUGAUUAUAGUUAUUUUAAAAGAGGAGAAUAUAAUUUUAGAGAUGGUUUACUUCCUAUUUGUAAUUAUGUUGCUGAUAUUAACGACUAUUGCAACUUUUUAGACAAAUCAAAUAAUCAAUAA